GACGCUUGUUACCAACAGAUCUCUUGUAACUCCAGAUCAAAUGGUGACAACAAUGAUCAGUGUUCUUGGUGUGGCGCUGACAAUCAUACUUUAUGGUACUUCAGAUACUUURGCCGGAUGUGGGGAUUUGCCACACAGCAAAUGCGAAAGAAAUUACGAGAAAGUUGGUGGAUUUGUUGAGAAAAGUGACAGGGUGAUGCCAGAAUUGCUCGUAAACGAUCGCGACUGUAGUAGCGACAAGAACGAUGGUCACAAAUUGGACUGGUAUAAAUUCGAAGAAUCAAUACAUAGUCUGGCUUGUCGUUGCGCCGAAAUUGCAAAGAAAAAUGGCUAUAAAGUCUUUGGUCUGCAGUUCUAUGGCGAAUGCUGGAGCGGUCCGUCAGCGGAAGCAAAGUUUGCCGAAUACGGCAAGGCACCCGAUUCAUCAUCAUGGCAGUUAACUGGRGACCCUCCCCCACCAUGCGACAARAAUAACCCUCAGGAGUGUGUAGGAGUACCAUGGAUAAACUAUGUCUAUCGUUUAAAAGAAGAUCAAAGUUCAGGAGACAUURAUGGUGGAUACAGCAAUUGGUCUGAUUGGACUGCGUGCAGUAAGACGUGUGGAGGCGGUGAGAAAGGAAGAGAAAGAACCUGCACCAACCCAAAGCCCGAAGGAAAUGGCAAAGAUUGUUUAAGUUUGGGGGCAGCCGAGGAAACUGCAAAAUGCAAUGAACAGGCUUGUCCUGACCCCCCCGUUGAUGGCAAAUGGUCAUCAUGGAAUGCUUGGUCAGCAUGUUCUGUAACUUGUGGUGGUGGARUUCGAGUGCGUGGGCGAACAUGUGACAAUCCAGCACCUUCAGGAAAYGGCAAGAAAUGCGAGGGAGCAGAUGAAGAAACUGGGAAAUGUGCAGAAGACCCAUGCCCAAUCCCAUGUACCAAAGCAUUGGAUAUCGGAAUAAUUAUCGAUGAGUCAGGCAGUGUUGGAUGGCGCAACUUUCAAAUAGCACUUGAAUUCAUUAAUGAGCUCAUCACUCAUUACAAAGUGUCAGACGAUGGAACCCACUUCGGCAUCAUCACUUACAACAAAAGAGCAAUUAUUGUCAUCUCUUGUGUUUGGCACUUUCCCGAGAACCGACUUUUUUUUUACGAAGUGGCUAUAUGA